CCUUCCUCCUAUUCCCUGUCCUUUGUUCUCGCUCGAGAGAUCUCAGAGGCGAUACCAUAGGGAAAGAAUCGGAUCGGCGAUGGGCCCGAUGGCGGUGGCGGAGGAGAUGGGUUUGGAGAUGAAGCUGUGCGCCAUGCGGACCGUCGGUGGCUUUCUGAAGGAGGCGUCGGCGAUCGAGUGCGGGGACGGCGGGCGGGCCGCUAGGCUGGAGGAGUCCAUCAGGAGCUUGGAGGAGGAGAAGAGGAAGAUCGAAGCUUUCAAGCGCGAGCUCCCUCUUUGCAUGCAUCUCCUCGGCGAGGUGAUCGAGGGAUUGAAUAAGGAGAUCGAGCGAUGCCGUUGCGAGAGGUUUGGGCGAGCUUUCGAAGAAUUCGUACCAGUAAAGAGUAAAGUUGAGGAUGAUGGAGGAAUAAAAGAGGAAACGGAAUACAAAGAUAAAAGGAACUGGAUGAGCUCCGCCAAACUCUGGAACGAUAAUUGUAGCCAGAACAACAAUGAUUCCAAAAAGCACGACAAGAUAAAAUUUAAAGAGAAAGAUGGAGACUCUCAUCGGAGGCAGGGGAAGGAGAACUUCUUCUCGGAACGCAAGAGCCGGAACGGCGGGGGCGCAUUCGUGCCAUUUAGAGGUCUGCCACCGUUUGCUGACAGCUGCAAGAGGGAGGAAGAGAAGCCUGCCGCCGCGUUGCCUGACCUAUCACUGCAGUCGCCUGCGAUCAGAAACCACCAUGUCAGUGGCUGCGCCUCUAGAGCUGUUGGCAAUGCGCCGGAGAUGACUCCGGCGACAGUUGGUGCCCACGUUAGCUUGCAGUCGCUGCAGCAGCAGCCACCAAGAAAGGCGAGGAGAUGCUGGUCGCAGGAGCUACAUCGUCGGUUCAUGCGCGCCAUCCAACAGCUCGGCGGUGUUCAAGUGGCCACCCCCAAGCAGAUACGAGACCGGAUGAAGGUGGAUGGGCUCACAAACGAUGAAGUGAAAAGCCAUCUGCAGGUAUAUCGCUUGCUUGUUGAUCUCAGUUUUCACGGUUUGCUCAAUGUUCUGGCCCUGCUGUUUCAGAAAUACCGGUUGCACACUCGAAGAAUGUCUAAUGCUUCAGCUAUUCCACAAGAUCAACACACUUGCUCCUCACAGCAGAGUGUUUCACAAUCCAAUUCUCCGCAAAGCCCGCUUCAGUUAGCUGGCUCUGCACUUGCAUUGUCAGUGACUGCGGGAGAGAGCUUGGAGGAUGAUGGCAAAUCAGAGAGCUAUAGCUGGAAAUGAUGUAGAUUAAAGUGAGGCUUUUAUGUACUCGAUGAAGAGACCGACAAGUGGAGAUCGAUGUAUAGAGGGAACAAAAAUUUUGCUGAAUGGUAACUGAUGAGGUUGGAGUAAUGGUAACUGUGUUCUAUAGGGAUAAAGAAGGUGCAAGUUGUGCUGACAGAGGAGUCUUGAUGCUCUCCCCUCAUAUCUUCCUCCUCUUCCUUAAUUUUCCUUGCUAAAUUUUGUGAUCUGUUUUGGCACUGUUUGAUCAUCAAGUAGAGUAUCACUUCCCCAGUGAUAAGGUUUUUCUCUUA